GGUGCAAUGAUAACAAAACAAAGGGAUUUGAAAAGUAAUUUUAACAAUUGGAUGUAACCAUCGAAGUGUAUUAAGCCGUAAAGUUAUCUACGAUGCGCGAGGCAGGCCUAGCACUUUGUGCUCUCUUGAUAUUAUUACCAGAGCCACCUGUCUGCAGUCAAGAGCCACAAAACGCCAACAUAGUAAGAGAAUGGGGCAGAACGUUGGGCAUGGAGCUGUGGAAACUUAAUCAGGCCUUGACCAAAGCUGACAAAAUAAGACAUAAUUACAAAACUAUGAAUGCAAGCGUCAAACAGAAAGAUGGAGGACAAAUAUUACGUUCUUCACUGACAUCAGUCGGAACAAUGCUAACAAAGAAAAUAAAUGCUGUGAAAUGCAUCCACGCAACAGCCAUUGAGUUAGCACGGGAGUUCAAUGGCACGGUCGACGAGGAUUUUCAGUACUGCUCCGCCAAGUAUUCGGAAUUUAUGGUUGUUGAUGAGUAUACCAAUGAGACUACGUUACUCACAAGCGUUACAGAAAAACCCGCCUUUGUUAUCAAGGAAAAUCGCCAUUAUGAGACGAUUUAUCUAGAAAAUGAUUCUCAUUUUUAUGAUAUUGCCGUCAACAUAAAUAGAAGCUGCGUGCAUAUCCCCACCAACAUAUAUUUCAAAGACGAGGAUGCAAAAAAUGCAAUUCAUUGGACAAGAGGCCUCAAUGACGUCUUCAUAAAAAAUUACCAAGCUGACCCGUCUCUGUCAUGGCAAUAUUUCGGGACUACGUAUGGUAUUCUACGUUUUUUCCCAGCUAUGCCUUGGAACAUGAGGAAAACUGACACCUAUGACUGCCGGGUACAAUCUUGGUACAUCGAAGCCGCCACCUGCUCCAAAGACGUCGUUGUCCUUUUUGAUAUAUCCGGAUCCAUGACUGGCUUCAAGAACUAUGUGGCAAGGACAACUUUAAAAUCUCUGUUGGAUACCUUAUCUAACAAUGAUUACGUUAACGUUUACACUGUUAGUGACAAUACCGACCAAGUAAUGAAUUGUUCUGAAGGGCUAGUUCAAGCGACAAAAGAAAAUAUAGGAACUUUAAUGGAUAUCCUUACGCCAACAGACGAAGGAAAAAACCACAAGAUACCACUGAAUGGUAUUGCCAAUUUUACUAAAGCGUAUAUAAAGGCUUUCGCUACGUUGAAAGAACGAAGAAAUGAAACCGACUGCAAUGUUGCGAGUACUGGAGGUUGCAACCAAUUGGUAAUGGUGAUCACAGAUUACGCUUUCGAAAACCUUUCUGCAGUAUUUGACGAGCAUAACAGAGAAGUAAUAGAUGGAGUGAUGUAUACACCUGUCAGGGUAUUCACGUACCUUAUUGGAAGAGAAAUGGCAGGCCUCGGCGAGUUACAGCAAAUGGCUUGUUACAAUAGAGGUUACUUCGUCCACAUCCACUCUGUGGAGGAAGUGCAGCAGCAAGUGCUCAAGUACAUCAAUGUGAUAGCUUUACCUAUGAUUCUCAAUGGGUCAGAACCUCCUCCUACAUGGACACACGCCAGUAUGGACCAUACGAGAACAUAUGAAUGGGGAGUUAGCCCAGACGUUACCAAGCCUGAUGAGGACAAGUUGGUGACUUCAGUUGCAAUCCCUGCGUUCGACAGAUACAAUGAGAAUGCCACGUUGCUGGGCGUGGCUGGCACCGAUGUUCCCAUCGACAGCAUCUCUAAGUUAGCACAACCUAACCAGCUAGGUGUUAACGGAUACUCAUUCAUUGUUAGUAACAACGGAUAUCUUUUACUACACCCCCUAUUAAAAACUUCCAUCAAUGGGGCUCUGCAAGUGAACUACAAUAGCGUUGACUUUGUUGAGGUGGAACAAGUGGAUGAUGGAAAGGAUUCGCGUGAGCUGGGUGAUGAGAUCAAAUGGCUACGUCAAAACCUCACCGAGGCUGUUAACGGAAGGAUGACUAAUAUUGAAGUCCUCUUCCAUUACGACGAUAUGAGGAGGAUAUCACGAGUCAAACAUGACUACUUCUUCAGUGAGCUGGUGGGUACGCCAUUCUCGAUGGGCAUCUCUCUUCCAGUGGGAUACGGUGACACGGAAAUGGUACUUAAUAGCAAUCCUCUCGAACCCACGCAAGAGGAUCACACUGAUUUCAAUGUGACAGACUUCUUUAGAUACAGCUACCGAGUACAUCCUGAUUGGGUUUAUUGCAAGUAUCAUUAUUUGGAGGGCCACGAAUCAGAUAGUCCUGAAAUAGAAGUAUGGAACUUCUUAGUCAAUAUAUCAAAGGCGGAAAUCGACGUAACCAGGAAACAGUAUCAGGAAGAAACCUCCAAUGAAUUCUCGGUAGAAACUCACUGUGGAGACGCUCAGACGCCUAUCGAUAAAGACGACUACUACUGCAAUGAGGAUCUAGUUAAGCAGUUAGUCUUCGACGCGAAGCUAUCGUAUCCUUACUUCCACAACUGGUCCGAUUAUACCGAACACGACGUUGAACUAACCAAGAAAUACGGAGUUAGCGUGAGAUUCAUUAUGACUUCAAGUGGAUUUACCAGGUGGCAUUAUCUAUAUGAUGAUGACAAGAAUGAAUGGGUAGACGACGACGGGUACCCACACAAGAAUUACUCGGGGAAGGUGCUUGGUGAUCACUACGCAACAUCAAUAGAAAUUACACCAUAUAAAGCUGCAGUUCUUCAGAGCAUGAUUAAUACAGAGUCGCUUGUAGUUGCCUCACCGUUACCAGUCCUCGACCCGGCUAUAAAAUACCGGCCUCCAGUUAUCAAUGAAUUUGGUGACGUCACCCUUACCGCAAGUUACGCUAUCUUCUAUACAGAAAAUUCAAGUGACACGCCAGCUUCCGUCGUGGGCUUCCAAUUUUCACAUUCGCAAUUUCGAAACAGAUUUAUGGAUAUCUCAACAGAAGAAAAUGGAUUAUCGUGCAAUAGCAGCGAUUACGAUUGUUACAUUAUAGACAGUUCAGGUUACGUGGUGAUGUCUAUGGAUCAUGAGGAAGUGGGUCAAUUCUUCGGUGUCAUCCAUCCUUUAGUAUUGCAGUCUCUCAUAUACAAGGAGAUAUUCGAACACGUCGAGGUGUUUAACUACCAGACCCUGUGCCCAGAUUCAAUGUUGGGGGAUCCUAACUGCUCAUGGACACUUAGCACGCCAUUUACCUUAAUAAAAUGGUUACUAGCGGAAUUCUUAAUAUUAUUGGGAGAUCUGUACCACUGGAAUCACUACGCUUACGCAAACGUGAUUUUUGAAUACGAGGAUUAUGUUGAAGCUACAACAACAACAGCGCCAGAAACAGAAAAAGAAAUACCAAAGGAACCAAUAGCAUCUAUGGAGGACGAGAUAACGUUUUCUUGCGACCACCGGAUUAGCCUUUACAUAUUGAACCAGACACACUUUUUGAAGACGGUUGAGGACAACCCAGUUACCUACGAGGAUGAAGUAGGGGAAUGCAAUCCUCGAUAUUGGGCGUCCUACGUGGACCAUACGAAUUUGCUUUUGAUGGUGAUUGAGAAGGUGGACCAUGAGAAUUUUAGUGAAAGUUGCGAGAAACCGCCGACGACGAGACCGGAGCCGACGCCGAACUCAACUGAUAGCCGCGAGCCGUGCCACAAACUAGGGCUGGGCAUGCUGCCGCGGCGAAGACUAGAGGGAUGUUUUACAUAUCAUGAACUGGAAGCAAAUGCAUCAGUAUGCGGAUUAGCGACUACUUCAGUGGCCACUCCUCAGUUCAUAACAUUUUCAACGUUACUGAGUGCCCUUGGAUCCCGAUUGCUAUGUUUGUGAUACUUUAUUCGUUUGUUGCUCGUAUUUGUACUGUUGUUUGUUUUUGUUAUAUCCAAUAAAUUUUAAUACCACA